AUGUCUAAUGAGGAAGGAAAGGCAACCUGUCUCGAAUUCUUGACGUCCGAUACGGUUGCCUUAAAAGCGCCAGGAUCAACAUGCACGUUCAAGAUUCACAAAGAUCUCCUGGAGUCCAAGUGUAGAAUUCUCGCUGCAGCAUUCGCGAGCGGAUUCUCGGAGGGCCAGGAUGGAGUCUAUACCUGCUCAGACACGACUGAUGGGACUCUUGCGCGUUUUGUUGAGUGGGCAUAUCGAGGCGACUAUCCGGCUUCAGUGAUCAGCAGAGAUCUGGUGCAGACGAAAAUCAAAGCCUCCGAUGACGCUGACGAGGACGAUGCAUCAUCAGCAGCAGCAGCCAAUGUGAGCGAAAGCAUGGAUGUGGAUCUUGACAAUCAUCCUCUGCUGGCUCAUCUCCGGCUUUAUAUUUUCAGCGACGCAUACCUCAUCUGGGAGCUGAAGCAGUUGGCCUAUGAAAAGCUCACUGCGUGCUUCGUGGAUAUCAACAGACCCGAAACGCUCGAUCAACAACGUGCAGUCAUAGCUGUUUUGCGGGUCGCAUUCCUCAAGAUUCCGCUGAAUGACAGUCUCUUGGACUGGCUGGCCCAUUAUGCGGCAUACAGCGUCAAUCAACUUCGACUUCAGCCCUCUUUUCACGAUCUUCUCGAAGCCGCUCCUGCCUUGUGCUCGCGCAUGAUGAAUACUUUAAGACCGGCUUCAGAUGCUCCUUGGCAAAGUCAGACUCCGAAACAUAGAUUUCCUCGCUACAAGCCGGGCAAUUAUGAGGAACAAUAUGAGUGA